AUGCGCUCUCAAAUCGUCAACCGGCUCCGCAGCAACUCUACUCCUUUGAACUCAGUACCCCCUGCAUCUACAUCGAAUGACUACUCGACUGAUCUCGCCAAUCUCGCAGCUCGCAUCAUCUACCGUUCCCCUCUACCUUCACAGAACGAUCUUCCUGUCUUCAUACUGAAUGGCGGCGCUUUCCCAGAUGCCAAAACAACUGACUACGAUGUCCUGCUACCCUACGUGCUAUCUAGACUACCGGACGAUGAAGAGCUGAUUGGUGGGCAUGGCUACGAAGUGGUCUUCUUUGCAGGAAUUGGGGGCAAUGCAACCAAGCAAACCAAGAAGGCAAAACCUAGUUGGCAAUGGUUUAUGCAGGCAUAUCAUAUGUUGACGAGGGCGAAAAGGAAGAGGUUGCAAAAGCUCUACAUUGUGCAUGACAAGAAUUUCAUCAGGCUGUUGAUCGAAUUCUUCGCUUCGGUCGUCUCCCCAAAGUUCAGGAAGAAAGUCAUCAGUGUCUCCACAUUGAGCGGGCUGGCUCUGCAGAUUCCAAUCGAGGACUUGUUGAUUCCUCCAUCUGCCUAUUUGACCGACCGUCGGAAGUCUUCUGACAUUUACGCGCCAUACGCAAGUGGGCGGAGAGCUUUUGGCGUCCAGAAUUUUCUUCCCGCCUCCGCGGAUGGGUCAGUCAGACUGCCAAGGGUACUACGAGAAACCACAAGCUUUGUCAUCAUGGACGAUAACAUCAAGGCCGAGGGUAUCUUCCGUGUCAGUGCUCGGGCUCAGACUGUAGAGAUUUUGAAGGAAGCCUACGAUCGAGGUCAAAAGUUCAUCGUAUGGAAACAAGUUGACACGGUCUUAGCGUCUAGCUACUACAGAGAAGGCUUUGGACAUGUCUGGGUAGAGGAGCUAGACCAGGCCGAAGGCUAUGAACUUCAUAUUGCGGCAGUCUUGAUCAAGCUUUGGUACAAGGAGCUGAGGGAGCCGAUCUUCCCGCCGUCUAGCUAUCAAGCGUUGGAAAAGUACUACGGAAGCCCCGAAGUCUCUCUAGAGGUCCAGCAGUUGUUGGCAAUGCUCUCUGAGGAUGAUGAGUGGUCGCCGAUCAGCAGCAAGAAGUCAAGGCAGAUCUUGAAGGUGCACCUUCUCCCUCUGCUCUCCAGAGUUGCGGCCUUCCAAGACCAGAACCAGAUGACUCCGGAAAAUCUGGCUGUUUGCUUCGCCCCAAGCCUGCUAUGUGGUCCGGAUCCGAUCGAGGAUCUUAAGAUAUCAACUAUCGUCCGCCGGAUCCUCGUGGCCAUGAUUGUUCACUGGGAAGGUGACCUUGCGCCUUUAUUUGGCACCAGCUUCGAUAUGUUCGAGGACUCACUACGCAUGCCAGAGGCUGCCGAAGAUAGGGAAGAUCCUCUUGAGGAAGCUCGAAUGAAGGACUUAGACGAGACUCACUCGGUUGGAAUCACCCUUCUAAAUAAUGAUGACAGCGACGAAGGGAUGGAGACCCAACCUGCCUUGCCGCCUCGGCCAAAGGCAGCAACAGUCACUGGUGGUAUACUUGAGAAGCCGAACGAUUUCGAUUAUGAUGCAACCAGCAGCACGAAAUCUGUGAGCUUAAGCCUGUCUAAUCGCAUCAGUCCCGUAAGAAGGAAGCCGUCACCUUUCGAUAAUGCUCCUUUCAACGGCAUGAGCCAUACCGACAAUGACACUUUUACUGAAAGUAGCCCUUCUGAUCCUGGGCCAACAAACUCGACAAGCUCGGUACGUCGCAAGCCUGCGCCAGCCCUGCUCCCGCUUCCACGGUAUUCAUCCAUCAUCAGUGACCGCUCAGCAGUCUUGCAGGGGAUACAGUAUUCUAACACUGUGCCAAUCGAGGAUGAUGAUUUCGUGGAAGAGCAUGAAAUGAAUGACGCUGAUGACCUACCACUGUACGAGGCGCAAGUACCGCUCUAUAGUGAGCCGACUCGACCUCCUCCUUGUCCUCCACCCGAAUCUGAACCGACUCGACCUCCACCACCUCCUCCACCUGUAGCUGAGCCAUCUAUUCAACGGAAGCCCUUGCCUAAACCGGCACCAUGGGGGUAA